GGGUAGGUGUAGGCUACGAGAAACCCUCUCGUGGACGCUUCUACAAUGGACUAGUAUUUCCAUGCGUCUGGUGGUGGUCAGUCAGUCAGUCAGACGCACCUACAGGAUUUACUGAGCCAGUCAGUUUGAAGAUACGCAGCAUUUUUGGAAGUUGAUCACCUCAUUUUCACCUGGCUGCUUAAACGUGUUGUUACAAGCUCAUACGCUGGAAAAUUCCUGAGUUGAUUCUUCAAGGGUGGAGUUUUGCUUCAGUAACUUAGGGGGAUGGGCAAAUACAGAGAUCAGGUCCCUUGACAAUCACUGGCAUGGCCAACCUGCUGAUACAAUUUAUUUUCCCUCGAUGCUUACGAAAGAGUAUUUUGUACCGGAUUUGAUCGCCCUUGAAGGCACAAGCAAGUCAGCCAUACAUCGUGACAUCGACCAGGCUGAACAGAAAUGAUUCAUGUGUGCUCAGUGGGGAUUCGUCAUGGAGCGUUCCCAUCUCACUACCAGCCCCAUCUUCUCACCGCUGCCUUGUCCUUAAAUUCUAAGAAAGUCAUGCCUUGUCUACCUCUACUUUUAAAAUCUAUAUGGAUUUUUGACCAAUGCACAAAGCAGUAAAGAGUCUACCAAACCAAAUGGUGUAAUCGUAGCUACCUCAGUCAACACGUUUGCUUGGUGUCUUCAUGUGAAAUCCACUGGGAAUGUGUGGGUUGGACAGCAUUCCCUUGGACGUUCUGAAGAAGGGGCGCUAGAGAGGUGCCAAGGCGCAAAAGAGUCCCAAGACAUUUAGGUGACCGGUCCAUCAGUCGGAACAGGUACAUGCAGGACACCAUGGCUCCCAAGACCGCCGGCGCCGACGCCGUGUGUGUUCCAGACCAGGGAGUGGGCCUGCCACAGAAGUGCCUGAGCGGCAUCUUCCACAGAGUGAAGGAGAGCAAGCAGGAGACGGAGAGCCAGGAUGGGUCGGCUAGUGAGGGCUCCACCAGGCGCAUCCCGCUGCACAAAUGGGUCAUGAAUGGAGCGGUCAUGUUUGGCAGGGAAUUCUGUUAUGCCAUGGAGACUGCGCUGGUGACACCUGUACUACUGCAGAUAGGUCUGCCAGAGCAGUACUACAGCCUGACGUGGUUCCUCAGCCCUGUGCUGGGCCUGAUGUUCACCCCUCUGAUUGGCUCGGCCAGUGACCGCUGCACCCUGCGAUGGGGCCGCAGAAGACCCUUCAUCUUGGCCCUCUGUGUGGGCGUGCUGCUGGGAGUCGCCCUGUUUCUCAACGGGGCUCUGAUUGGCUUGUCCGCCGGGGAUGUCGUUGGCAGGCAGCCUAUUGGUAUAGUGCUGACUGUUGUUGGCGUAGUGGUGCUAGACUUCUGCGCCGAUGCCUCGGAGGGCCCAAUUCGGGCAUACCUGCUGGACGUGGCCGACACGGAGGAGCAGGACAUGGCCUUGAAUAUUCAUGCCUUUUCAGCUGGACUGGGAGGAGCGGUGGGCUACAUGCUGGGGGGUCUGAACUGGACUCACACUGCGCUGGGCAAAGCCUUCCAGGCCCAGGAGCAGGUGCUCUUCUUCUUUGCCUCCAUCAUCUUCAUCAUAUCAGUGACUCUUCACCUGUUCAGCAUCAAAGAGCAGCCGCACAGCAGGCAGCGGCGGGAGUACCUGGAGGGAGAUGAGGUGGACGGCCAGUGUCUGGUCCGGCCCAACGGCAGCCUGCCCCAGCUGGACCUGAUCGGCGAGGAGGAGUCCGGCCAAGACGAGCAUGACCGCGACGACCAGGAGAUGCAGAUGGACUUCCUGAAUGUAGACAUGGUGCGGAGCAAAAGUGACUCCGUGCUGGCCAUGCCAGACGCCACCAUUGAGCUGGACCCAGACCUGGACCGCGAUCACACUCUCAGUCUGAUCCCGGAUGUAGAUUCACCGUUUGAGAAGGACAGUGAAUCGGUCUUCCAGGACCACUUCCAAGCGGCGGAGCCAAGCUCUUUGGUGCGCUCUGGCAGCAGUCACUGCUCCCUGGCACGGUCACCGGCCAGCGUGCGCUCCGGCGCCACCAAGGCCCGUAACGGAGCUCUGUCCAGCUCCAGCUCGGGCGCCUUCGCCCCGGUCGGCGCCAACGGCCAGCCGGGCAAAGCGGGCCCGCGAGGAGGCGGUCCUCCCUGCGUGUUGUCGCGGCCCCGCCACCUCUCCUUCUACCGGCAGCCGUCGUUCACCUUCUCCUACUACGGCCGCGUGGGCCUGCAGCGGCCGCGCCGCACCCGCGCCGGAGCCGGCGCCUCGCCCGUGCGCAUCACCUCCACCCGCAGCCUGAACGACAUCGACGAGCUGACGCGGCCGCGGCGCCGGCGGCGCCCGAGGCAGCGGGACGCGUCCGAGUCCAGCAGCGAGGACGGCGAGAGCGAGGACGGGGACGGGGGCACCACGGUCAAGCUGCUGUGGCUGUCCAUGCUGAAGAUGCCGCGGCAGCUGGGCUGGCUCUGCCUGUGCCACCUGUUCACCUGGUUCUCCAUCAUGGCGGAGGCAGUCUUCUACACCGACUUCAUGGGCCAGGUCAUUUUCGAGGGAGACCCCACGGCUGCUGCUAACUCCACAGAGCUGCAUAAAUACCAUAAAGGGGUCCAGAUGGGCUGCUGGGGGCUGGUGGUGUAUGCUGCUACAGCUGCUGUCUCUUCAGCUGUACUCCAGAAAUACCUGAACAACUACGACCUUAGCAUCAAGGUCAUCUAUAUGCUGGGCACUUUUAGCUUUACUGUGGGAACUGCAGUGAUGGCUAUUUUUCCAAACAUUUAUGUUGCCAUGACAAUGAUAAGCACCAUGGGAGUCUUUUCCAUGAGCAUCUCCUACUGUCCCUAUGCCCUUUUGGGUCAGUACCAUGAAAUUAAAGAGUACAUCCAUCACAGCCCCGGUAACUCCAGAAGAGGGUUUGGUAUCGACUGCGCCAUCCUGUCCUGUCAAGUAUACAUCGCCCAGAUCCUGGUGGCCUCUGCGCUGGGGGCGGUGGUAGACGCCGUGGGCUCCGUGAGGGUCAUCCCCAUAGUGGUGUCAGUAGGCUCUCUCCUGGGCUUUCUUGUGGCUGCAUUUCUUGUCAUCUACCCUGACACGUCCGAGGAGGAUGAGGAUGAGGAAGAGGAGCCCGCUCCGAUCAACCCAGGCCCUGACGUCACAGUGGAGUAUCACCUGAACAAGCCCAGUGAGCUGAAACUAGAAGCCCAUAACAGCAGCUAAAGGCCCCCCAGAUGCUCUCCUCCGAGGCUUGGAGGCACCACACAUACAGUAUGAGCGACCCCAUACUGUACAGCCUUCAUUUUACAGAAUGCACUGCCAAACAUAAACAAUGUUGUGAGACCUCUCUUGUUGAUGUAAAAGAUAAACCUGCAGCCUAUUGCCAACAAAAGCCUUCCAUGCCAAAGGCACAGCAUCUGAUCGACUCAUGCCUGUAAGCCUGGUACAUUGUUGAAAUGUACCAAGAGUGCCUUCACUGAGGUACCAGCUAUAUUUUAUAGUUUAUCAGAUUAUGUUGUCAAGCUCAUUUUGAGUAUGGUACUGAUCAAUCCUGCUAAUCAGGUGAAGUACAGGGGAUUAUAUAUAUAUAUCUACAUAUAUGCCAAAUAACUUCUAAAAUCCAACAGUCUUACUGAAAGACAUCACGUAUCACCAUAACAAGGCAAUCUAUGCUCAUGUUACUUAUUAGAGAGGUCUUGCUGUUAGGUGUUCCUUCUCUGUUUCAUUUAGUUUCAAAAUGAUUUGUGUCACAGAUGUCUGUGAUUUAAAAGACCAUCUGCUCUUGUCAUUGUAAGGAUGAAGGCAGAUUUGAAAGGGCAGUAUGUAGUUGGUAAGUGCUCUGCAGAGUCUUUAUUCAGGAGUUGUCGCAUUCCUUAAGCCUGUAUCAGUGAGCCACACUGGCAGUGUCUGUAGGGCUCCAUACAAGCCCUUACGUUGUAAACACACUAUGCACGAUGCCAAAAAGCCUAAGGUGGAGAGCCAAGUAUUUUUCAUGAAGCUUUGAGAACUACAGUAUGAUGUGUCUGUGUGUUUAUUGAUGGUUUCUUUUCUUUUUUACACCAAGCUCUAGUCCUUUUGGUUGAUUGAAGCACAUCAGAUGGUAGCCACAAUAGUUGGAAUGCAUUCCAUAGCCUACACGUUGAGGCUUGUUAAUCACUUUAACAGUUCCCACAGGAGUGAUGGUGAGACUGCUCAAACGCAGUGUGCACAGGACCUGCAGAGAAUGGUCUGGAUGUCCCGUCAGUAGCAUGUCCCAAAACAUACAGAAGGUGUGAUGUGUCUAUGUGAUUGAACUUUGGCGUUAUAAACCAAACCCUCCGAAGACUAUGCACAUGUUUCUUCAAUCAUUUUGGUAUAUUAGGAGAAGUAAGAAUUCUAGGACCAACUUUGAUGUGUGUUGCACAAUCACUUUUUUUCUUUCAGAUGCUUUUUUAAGUAGGCCUAUGAUAGGCCUCAUAUGCAAGGAUGGGUUUUUGAUGCUUUGAAAGGACUGCUUAAUUCUAUAUAGUUGAACAUUUCUACCGGUUCCCACCUUGAUCUUGUGCUGCUGUCAAAACUUGUGCAAAAGGAAAAUAACUAUUGUUACCUUAAAGGGAGACAAAUCUUUUGUAUUCCAUAGAAUAUUAUUGUUUUUUGUUUUAUUUGUUUUUUGUUUUUUUUACAGUAAAUGUGUGCUGUGUUGUUGGACUGCUGUGAAAAAAAAAAAAACUUUAUAGAUUAUUGGAAAUGAGAGUGUUGUUUUUUAUUGUUAUUUUAUUAAUAAUAAAAUCAGUUUUUCCAGUUCA